GUGAUUUAAACACAUAUGGGUGAGAAAUCACACCAUUGUGAAGUGUGUGGAGAAAGUUUCAGUCAAACUUCUAGUCUUGCAGUUCACAAGCGCAGCCACACAGGAGAAAAACCUUUCCAUUGCAAAUUGUGUGGGAAAUCUUACACUAAAAAUUCUAAUCUUGUUAUUCACUUACGUAGUCACACUGGAGAAAAACAUUACCAUUGUGAAAUAUGUGGUAAAUCAUUCCCUGCUAAUUCUUCUCUUGUAGUUCACAAACGAACUCACACUGGAGAGAAGCCUUUCCAUUGUGAAAUAUGUGGUAAAUCAUUUGUCAGUAACAGCCUCUUAAACACACACAAAUUAAAUCACUCUGGAAGAAAACUGCUUCGCUGUGAAAUAUGUGGGAAAUCUUUCACUCAAAAUUAUACUCUUGUCAUACAUAAACGAAGUCACACUGGUGAAAAACCUUAUCGUUGUGAAGUAUAUGCUAAGUGUUUCACUCAAACAUCUACCCUUGUCAGACAUAAAUGAAGUCACGGUAGAGUAAAAAUCUUAUUGUUGUGAAAUAUGUGGGACUUUGUCUCUAACAGUGACUUAAAAAAGCACACAAGAAUACACACAGGAGAGAAACCAUUUGACUGUCAAAUAUGUGGGAAAUGUUUUGCUUGUAGCAGUGACUUAAUUAGACACAAAAGAAUGCAUACUGGAGAAAAACCUUUUCACUGUGAAAUAUGUGGAAAAUCUUUUACUCAGAAUCCACAUCUUGUAAUUCACAAACGUCGUCACGCUGGAGAAAAGCCUUACCCUUGUGAAAUAUGUGGGACAUCGUUUGUGUCUAACAGUGACUUAACAAUUCACAAAAGGAUACACACAGGAGAGAAACCAUUUGGCUGUGAAAUAUGUGGGAAAUCUUUUGUUUGUA